AUGCGCGAACAGUUUCAGCGAAACGGGAUCACUAUGUUUGAUGAUCAAAAGAUUGUAAGAAGUGCAACGAUCUCUCCUUCACUUACAAAAGCUAUAAACGAAUCGAGGAUUGCGAUAGUGAUUCUCUCCAAGAAAUACGCUUCAUCAAGUUGGUGUUUGGAUGAACUGGUGGAGAUACUGGAGUGCAAAAAAGCUAUAGGGCAGAUAGUGAUGACCAUCUUCUAUGGAGUGGAGCCAUCCGCUGUACGGAAACAGACUGGGGAGUUUGGGAUCGCUUUCAAUGAAACUUGUGCACGUAAGACGGAUGAGGAAAGGCAGAAAUGGAGCAAAGCGUUGAGAGAUGUGGGCAACAUCGCUGGAGAAGACUUCCUAAAAUGCAACGUUCUCUCCAAACUCCUGAACAAGGCUGUUGCUGAAGUGAAGAUUGGUUACCAUCCUCAGUGCAUGGAAAUAAAUUUGUCUCACCUGAGCUUCGCUGACGAUAGUGUUGUAUUUAUGGAUGGAACGCCGGAAUCUCUUCGUGGUGUUCUUUCUGUGUUUGAUGAUUUCGAAAAAAAAUCAGGUUUAAAGAUAAAUGUAGCUAAGUCAACAGUGUUUGCUGCGGGUAGAGGGAAGCUUGAUCUUGAGAGGGAAGCAGGAGCGGUAGGCCUCUCUGUCUCUGCUUUACCUAUUAAGUACCUUGGGCUGCCUCUGACUACGAAGAUUAUGACAAGAAGCGACUAUGAGCCUUUGAUUGUGAAGAUUCGCAACAGAUUACUCAGUUGGACGAGCAAGGCUCUUUCUUACGCAGGGAGGCUGCAGCUUAUUAAGUUGGUCAUUGCCAGCAUCACUAUGGAGUUGUUCUCCAAAACAUUAUUACUCGCGCAAAGAUUGCUUGGGAAGAUGUGUGCUGUCCUUAUGAGGAAGGAGGCUUGGGCUUCUUCGCUCUGGGUGACUUGGGUACAUCAUUAUCUACUCAGACAGGAGGUCUUUUGGGACGCAAGAGAUACUGUGAUAGGGUCGUGGGUUUGGAGGAAGCUGUUACGGUUUCGUCCUCUUGCAAAAGGUUUCAUUCGUAUGAAGAUCCAGUACGGUUGUAGUGUGAGAUUCUGGACAGAUUUGUGGCACCCUAAGGGUCGACUGAUUGACCUAGCGGGUGAAAUAGGGACUCAGAAACUGGGUAUUGGAAGGAGUGCUAGGAUCUGUGACGUGUUCGUAGAUGGUGAGUGGAGAUUUCGUAUAUGUCGUGACCAUUUCCUUCAAGAUCUGGUUCAUGACAUUCGAGAGCUCCCACUAAUUUUGACUGCAAAUGUGCCAGACAGGGUGUUAUGGAGAGAUGGAGACGACACCUAUAGCAGCAGGUUUAACUCCAAGAACACUUGGAGUAAUAUUAGAAAGAAGAAGGAUCAAGUAAUGUGGAGUAGGCUGAUUUGGUUUCAGCAAGGAGUGCCGAGAUUUGCUUUCAUCACGUGGUUGGCUGUAAGAGAUAGGCUAUCAACUGGACAUCGCACUGCACAGUGGGGUCAAGCACAAUAUUGUCUCUACUGUGGGGAGCCAGACGAAACCCGAGAUCAUCUAUUCUUUGCUUGUCCAUACACGUUCACACUUUGGCUCAAAGUUGCAGGAAACUUAUUUGGCAUGGACCCGGAUCCUGAUUGGGAUACUACCAUCACGAGGCUCUUGACAGGUCACUAUGAUCGGCUUACAUUUAUUCUGCUCAGACUUGAGCUGCAGGUUACUAUCUACUACUUUUGGAGAGAACGGAAUGAGAGACUCCACAACCAUGUUUCAAAGCCGGUUGAGCACAUUGCAAGAUUGGUGGACAAGACGGUUCGUAACCGCAUCAUGUCUACGUGUUAUUACUUAAGGCCAAGGUUGCAAGGUCUGAUGCAAAGGUGGUUUGGAGCUCAUGAUACUUAG